CAUGGAACAGAUUACGUGUGAGAAGAAAGGCUUACCCGGAAGUGGAGAGUGCGUCAUGGAACAGAUUACGUGUGAGAAGAAAGGCUUACCCAGAAGUGGAGAGUGCGUCAUGGAACAGAUUUCGUGUGAGAAGAAACCAACGCUUACCUGGAAGUGGAGGGGACUGGCAGUCAUGGCCGCUAGGCUUCUGAAGUCCCACAUUGGAGCUGUGCUGAAGUGGAGCUUACCCGUCAGAGGCUACAUUCUUGGCUCUAAUGCUGGACAUCCUUGGCUCUUGGUUCAUUUGCUCAACCGAGUAUGUAACAGCUGCACUUUGGUAUCUCCUGCAAGACUGGUUGAGUGCUACUUAUGGUUCUUGCCUGCGAUUCUUGGUGAUGAUGGUUUUGGUAAUGAGUACUUUUGGUCUUUGAUUCCUGCCAAGUCCUUCUUGAACUGUGUUCCUUUCAUUGGAGAAGGUAGUCGAGACUCCAAAGCUCACUGUGGAACUUGGCAGGCAGACAUCUAUUUUCAGGAGGGUGUGGAACUGCAGGCCAAUGAUAUCAUUGUUAAUGCUGGUGCCAACAUCGGAAUGUUUGAGCUCAGACUCCAACAGCAUUUUGAGGCCACUGCCGAUGACAUCCAGCCACAAGUAAUCGCCAUCGAGCCGCUUCCACCAAAUUUUGAGGUGCUCUGUCGUAAUUUGGAGCUUCAUGGACUGAAACAUGUGCGUGCUAUACAAGUUGGCUUGGGUGCAGGCGGAAAUGGGCUGCAGCUCGCUGAAGGAAGUACUAAUUCUGCCACAUUCACAUAUUAUCCUGAAAUGCCAGGCAAUUCCACUUUCAAACCAUUGGAAAAGAAAGCACUGCAAAGUGCGUACAUGGUGCCAAAGUUCUUCAGGAAUCCCCAACUAUUCAAGUGCCAACUGAAGACACUUUCUGAGAUCAUAUGCGAAGAGGCACUGGAACGGAUCAACCUCUUGAAGAUUGAUGUUGAGGGCAUGGAGCUGGAGGUCUUGAAUGGAAUUGAUGCUUCGCAUUGGCCUCGCAUAUCACAGUGAAGGGAGGGUAGGAAUUAGGAGAGAGAGAGAGAAACUCUGGAGAGAGUGAGCAAUUUCAGCAAAUACAAGAUACAGCAAUUUCAGC